GCGUAGCUGUCAAAAAUUUUACGUUCCUUCUCUUUCUUUCCGGUUAGCGUCAUGCCUUUCGAGAGAUUCGUACAAACUGGUCGCAUUGCCAAGGCCUCGGCAGGUUCCCUGAAGGGUCGCCUUGUGGCCAUCGUCGAUGUUAUUGACCAAAACAGAGUUUUGGUUGAUGGACCUCUGACCGGUGUGCCCCGUCAGGAGUACAGAUUGAACAAUCUGCAUCUGACCAAAUACCGCAUCAAGUUCCCCUACACGGCGCCUACGCGUAUUGUGCGCAAGGCUUGGGUAGACAGUGACCUGAAGGCUCAGUGGAAGGUCAGCCCCUGGUCUGUCAAGGCACAAAACAUUUGCAAGCGCUCCCAAUUGAACGAUUUCGAUCGUUUCAAGCUGCGUUAUGCCAAGCGUCAGCGCAACAAGCUGCUGACCAUUGCCUUCAACACAUUGAAGAAGCGCACUAAGUCCGAUGGUACACCCCGUGUGCUCAAGAAGGAUCGUCGCGAGAUUUUGCGCGCCCAGAAAGCCAAGGGUGGCAAGAAGGCCGCGCCCAAGAAGUAAACAACACAGAUUUUUUAACGAGAGUAACUGCUUGAGCAAAUAAAAAAAGAAGUGUUAUUUUUAGGAAAAACA